AUGGCCAUCUCUGUUACGGAGGGAGUUAUUGCGACCGUCGAGCACCGCGACCCUACCAACAUAGGUGACCUAGAGAUGGACAGGCCCACAGCAUGGCAGAAUAAUGAGAGCACUGAGGGGCUGGUAACCGCUCUUUCAUACCGCCGUCGGCAGUCAUUCUACAAAAAUGUUCUGCCAGCACCGAAGAUGACGAAGAUCAGACCUCUCGAGGAGACGGUGCGCGUAUCAUUGAACAGGUAG